GGCGUGACUAAGAUGGAGGUCGGGGCAGCGCCGCCGCCGUUCUGGGCCGGGGGCCCGGCCCCGGGACAAACGUACAUCCCGAGAGCUCUGGGACGGACAGACAUCUUCUCCCCGGGCACCGGAACCGCCCUGCCCGCCGGCCGCACCCUGACCCCGAUGGUGACGGGAACGUCGGUGCUGGGGCUGCGUUUCCGGGGGGGGGUGAUGCUGGCGGCGGACACCGUGGGCUCCUACGGGUCCCUGGCGCGCUUCCGGGGGAUCUCGCGCCUGCUGAAGGUGAACGAUUGCACCGUGCUCGGAGCCUCGGGGGACCUGGCGGAUUUCCAGCACCUGCGGCAGCUCCUCGAGCAGAUGGUGAUCGACGAGGAGCUGCUGGGGGACGGGCACAGCUACAGCCCGCGGGCGCUGCACUCGUGGCUGACGCGGCUCCUGUACAGCCGCCGCUCCAGGAUCAGCCCCCUCUGGAACUCGGUGCUCAUCGCCGGCCUCGACGGACCCUGCAGUUUCCUGGGAUACGUGGACAUGCUGGGCGUGGCCUACGAGGCUCCAUCGCUGGCCACGGGCUUCGGGGCUUACCUGGCACAGCCGCUGCUGAGGGCGGAGCUGGAGCGGGAGCAGCUCCCGACGAGGGAGGAGGCGAGGGAGCUCCUGGAGAGGUGUCUGAGGGUGCUCUACUACAGGGAUGCUCGGUCCUUUAACAGGUUCGAGGUUGCCGUGGUGACCGAGAAGGGGGUGGAGCUCGAGGGGCCCCAAACCCUGGAGGCCAAUUGGGACAUCGCCCACGUGGUCAGAGGUUUCGAGUGAUCUCCA